CUUUGGCUCACCUACCUACACUAAACAGAAACAUUCCACUAAACGACAUUUCAUCGGAAUCGAUCCGCUUUCCCUCACAUCCUGUAGACUAGCUGACGACAUAUUCGCGAGCACCUUCAAAGAGACACCGCUUUCGACGUCUCGUUUCGAUGGCUUUGGACUUUGCUGCCGGUUGUUUAGGAGGAUGUGCCGGUGUUCUCGUGGGUUUCCCAUUCGACACGAUCAAGGUGCACCUGCAGACACAAAGCCACAAGAAUCCGCUGUACCGUGGCACUUAUGAUUGCUUCCGGAAGAUCAUCAUUCGCGAGGGUGUCCACGGACUAUACCGAGGCAUGUCCAGCCCGAUGGCGGGUGUGGCAGUUGUGAACGCGAUCGUAUUCGGUGUGUAUGGGAACAUACAGCGGCAUACUGCCAACCCGGAUGCAUUGUACUCGCACUUUCUCGCCGGAACUGUCGCCGGACUGGCACAGAGUGUAGUCUGUUCGCCUAUGGAGCUCAUCAAAACACGACUACAACUGCAGGAGAACCUUCCACGAACGGCACAACGCUUCAGUGGACCGCUAGACUGCACGAGAAGCAUCUGGCGCCAGGAAGGAUUCCGUGGGAUCUUCCGGGGGCUAGGCAUCACGGCAGCUCGCGACAUGCCUGGCUUCUCCAGCUACUUCGUGGCGUACGAGUACAUGGUGCGCUCGGUUGCAGAUCCAUCACCGUUCGUGAUCCUGAUGGCAGGAGGACUCGCCGGGACCUUCUCCUGGCUUGUCACCUUCCCGAUCGACGUCGUUAAAUCACGCCUGCAAGCAGACGGCAUUACCGGGAAGCCCGAGUACAACGGGCUUGUUGAUUGCGUACGGAAAAGCUACGCAGCCGAGGGUCUUGCGUUUUUGUCACGUGGUCUUGCGUCGACUCUACUGCGCGCUUUUCCAAUGAACGCCGUUUGCUUCCUGGUGGUGUCCUACACGAUGAAGCUAUUCGACGAUCCCAAGAUCCACGUCGUUGAGCUCGGUGCAACAGCCGUCGAUCCACAGUUGCUUAUUGUACCCGUUCAGCAGCAGGACGCUUCACCCAAGUUGACAGCUGUUGGAGGUGUUCCAUACGCUAAACGACUAGCAGAUCAGCAGCAUCACGAUCACCACCUGCUGAAUAUCAAGUACAACACGUACCGGUUUCUGCGAUCGCUGGGUGCGUUCAGUGAAGCGGUUUGUUGCGCCGAAAUGGGAGAGCUAACGGACGACUUGUAUGAUAGCGCGCGUGAGUGCUGUGCAGACAACGCUCAGCUUAACGAAUCGCUCCUUAGCUCGAACUUCGAGGACACCAGCAGUCGACACCCGGUUCAAGGUGAUUGAACACACCGAACGCGUCAUCCCGAGCCUUUCCUGGAGGCCACCAAAGACUUGUGUACAAAGAAAACCAUAGACUAAUUGUUGCCGAGCGAAAGUCGUGUGUAAAAAUAUAUGUUUAUUUAAAUACAACCAAA